AUGGACUCCGACGGCGGCGAUGACAUCUUGGAUCGCGAGAUGAGUAACUCCGAAGCCGAAUCUAUAACCGAGGAUGCCCCUGGCGCGCGUGUGCUGUGGUUCGGUCAGCACUCGGGAAAGCGGCGCCUGGACGAGGUGGGCGAAGGAUACAUAGCCUGGGCCUGCCAUCCCAAGCGCAGACACCAAGUAUGGUAUAACGAGUUCAAGCAGCUAUGUGAAGAAUAUCGGCGGUGGCGCGAAGAGCACUAUCCAACCGAGAACCCCGGCAGUGCGAUCGUAUGGUGGGGGAAAUACGAAUGGCAAGAGUUUCGUAAGAUGUACGCUGCCUACGGGCACAUGCGGUACGUCCUGCAGCCGCGGUUCAAAGGCUGCCGCUGGUACUUCUGGCUCAAGAACCAGACUCAGCGUUACCAGGCCUGGCUGGAUGAGCAUCGCAGGCCGGCGCGUGCCCGUGUCUCCACUGGCUAUCGCAGGGACAUAGGAGAGCGAGUUGACAGUCGAGACGACAAACCCCCUCCGCAAGAGGAGUACGAACGCGACGACUUCCUCGUCUCGGAUGACGACAACGAUAGCGAUGCAGACAUUGAUAGCGAAGAGGUCUCCGAAGACGAAGUGGAGGAGACGUUGAGCGACGAACUCAAGAACCUGCAGGAUGAGCAAGACACGGGGCAAUCUUCAACCGAAGAUACCGCAGAUGAAGCUAUCGAUCGGCAAGCCGUAAACGAAGGCAGUACUGAGGGCGAGAGUCGCUGUGGGGACGAAGCGGAUGGAGAGGAUGACGAGUGUAAUGCAAUUGAAGACGAAAACGAAGGCGACGCAGAUGCAGAUGACGACGACGAAGAAGACGCAGAUGACGAAAGCGACUUCGACGUGCAAUACGAUCUGGCCAACAAGAAGGCCCGUCAACAAUCGGCUUUGGACAAGAUCAAGAAGAGCAUAGUAGCGAAGCGUCCAAGCUCCAGCCAGCUCGUCUCGCCCAAGAAACGUUCACGGAGUCUCUCGUCUGAUGAGGAAGAGAGCGUACAGGCUCGCACUUCCCGAGUUCGCAGGAAGACUAUACCGGACAAUGGCCCAUCUUUGGAUACUGACUCGGACUCCGACGAGGAUGAGUUGCCGUCGAGGCUCACGCAGCCCGCAGUAAGCAACUCGAAGAGGGACUUGCCGCGUCGGUCUGCUAGACUGCGCAGCGCAAGGCGGUUUGUUCAGAAUAUGUGA